AUGGAAGCAAGAGCCUUGAAGUCAAGUUUACGUAGCGAACUAACAACAAAACAUGAAACCCAACAAGCUUUUUGUGAAGAUUGCUUGGUUUUUAACACACCUGGUGUUGUUUCAAGUGAUCAAGAUUUCUCUGUUGAUUGUUUCUUGGACUUCUCUAAUGGUGAAUUUAAAGAUGGUUAUGUACAAAAAGAAGAAGAAGAAGAAGAAGAAGAAGAAGAGAAAGACUCUUUUUCUGAUUCCUCUCAGGACCGUGUUGAUGAUGAUUUUAACUCUAACUCGAGCAGUUUCUCUGAUUCUUUUCUUACAAGUGAACUUGCUGUACCAACUGAUGAUUUAGCAGAGCUUGAAUGGGUAUCUCACUUUGUGGAUGAUUCUUUGUCUGAUGUCUCUCUUUUGGUUCCUGCUUGUAAAGGAAAACCAGAAAGCCAUGCAAAUAUUCGGUUUGAACCAGAACCCAAAACUACUUUCGCAGAAAGUUCUUGUUUUUUCCCCUCAAGGGUUCCUUCCAAGGCAAGAACCAAAAGGUCCAGACCCAGCGGUCGGACCUGGUCAGUUGGGUCGAACCAAUCUGAGACACCGUCACCUUCGACAUCAUCGACCUCGUCAAUGCCAUGCCUUGUUUCAACCAAAAUGUUUCAGACAAUUAACUCGGUAUCGUGGUUCAGUGAACCUCCAAUGAAAAAAUCAAAGAAACGACAGGCAGUUCAAACCAGUGGGUUAAUGGCUUCGACCCAAUUUCAGCGUCGGUGCAGUCACUGCCAGGUUCAAAAGACCCCACAGUGGCGAACCGGACCACUUGGUGCCAAAACGCUAUGUAAUGCUUGCGGGGUUCGGUAUAAAUCCGGUCGGCUUUUUCCGGAAUAUAGACCGGCAUGCAGUCCUACCUUUUCGAGUGAAGUUCACUCAAAUAGCCAUCGAAAGGUGAUAGAGAUGAGAAGGAAGAAGGAGAUGACUGGACCGGAGUCCAGAUUGAAUCAGAUGGUUCCCAGUUUUUGA